UGUUCAGACAGCUGUGCGUCAUGGCUCGCUGUGCUCUGUGCUUCAUUCUGCUGGGCUUGUGCGUGACCUCCUCCGCUCAAGCUGUUUGCAACAGUGACGAGCAAUCCAGCAAUCAAUGUGGAAACCUGUUAUAUGAUGUUAAGAAGUACACCUGUUGUGACAGGAAUGUAAUUCAAGGUGCUCACCUGUCCUGCUGUGGAACCACUGCCUACAACAAACUGGAGAGUUCGUGCUGCAACAAUGUGGUGACAGGUGGUUUGAGCCAAACUGUUUCAUCUUGCUGCGGAUCCAAGGCUUACAACCCCCUCAAUCAGAUCUGCUGUGGUGGAAGUAUUCAGGACAAAACUUCAGCUCACACAGAAUGCUGUGGCUCAGAUUUAUAUGACACCAAGAAACAACUGUGCUGUCUAACUCAGUUCAUCUGGCCCAAGGACACAGACAAUCACGUGUGCUGUGGCAACGCAACACUGAACUUACUCAAGCAGUGCUGCUGUGCUGCUGAUACUCUUAAAGUGGAGAACCUUGACAGCACAUGCUGUAAAGAGAAGUUGGAAAGAGAGAGAACUUCUCUGACACAUGAAAGCCAGCCAGGAACUUCUUCCGCCCUGCUGCAGAUGGAGGAUAACAGGCAAAUGGACUCUGAAGGCUCAGCUCGCUCCGAGACACCUCACUGUGGAUUGGAACCCUACAGUCCUCUUGAGUAUAUCUGUUGUUCAGGGAAGCUGUUUUUGAAAACAAGUGAUGUCACUCAAUGUUGUGGUGGGGAACCGUACAAACUGUCAGAAGAGGGAGUGCUGUGUUGUGAUGGACAGCUCUACCGUGGCCAGCCGGCCGGCUCUCUAUGCGCUGGGAAUGUACCGUACUCUCCGCACAACUGCACCGUCUGCCAGAAACAUGUGCACCUACCGGCAGGCCAGCAGUGCUGUGGACAGAAAACCUUUGACCCCCAAGAGGAGAUCUGCUGCAAUGGACACAGACAUAAAAGGACAGCGGACAUGGCCUGCUGUGGCUCUCAUGCUUACAACGCCAACUCUGGUGAACACAUGUGCUGUUCCGGCCAUCUCCAUGAUCUGACACACCUGAAGAACAAACAAGAGGCGGAGUGCUGUGGUCCUCUACUGCUGACCAAUAAGAAGGAGCAACAGUGCUGCCACUCAACAGAGAAAUCUCUGGUCUAUAAGACCCAGCCUGGCCAUUCCUGCUGUGGCCACUGGUACUACAAUAUGUCUAUGUGGAGCUGCUGUGCUGGACAACUCACUUCCAAGACAACAAAUGGUUCACAGGCAAAGAUGGGCGGGUUGAAGCUUAUUCGACCCCUGCUGGACUACAGCAAGUCUGCAAUUUGCACAAAGCCAGUGCUGUUAGGAACAGUGGAGAGUGUGGCAGUGAAGCAGAAUGAGCGCUUUGUCGUGGUGGGGGAUGCGCUGGAGGUCAAUGCAACUGUGAAGUCUUGUGGAAACUCUCUAGAAGUCGGGCCAUUGGACCACUGCCUCUUCCCUGCGCUGGAGCUAGGCAGGACCUACCUCUGGAUAAAAAACACGCAGAACAAAUAUGAGCCUUUGGCUGACGUUACCGGCCUGACUACCCCCAUUCAUACCAUCUUAAGCCUUUGUCAGCAUAACCGUACAUGCUAUACUGCUUAACAGUCCGGCUGGGUUCAAAAGCCUCUUUUCCACUGUGGACAAUGGAGAGUAAUCAUUUUCAUCUGGACACGAUUUGGCACUUACAAACCAUGUCCAGCACAGGUGCCUUGGCUUGGUUAGCUAAAACUGCUUAGUGCAGCAAAAGCAUUUGGGUAUGAGGCCUAAUAAGGACUGUAUAUCUGCCAAUUAAUGAUAGGUAAGAUUUAGAUAUAAUAAUGUUAAAUUUAGACAUGAUAAUGUAGACGUAGAUAAUAUAGAUUUGGCCAUGUAAAUUUAAUCAAUAACCAGUGAUCAACAAUCAUACACUCACCGCAUAUCAUAUCGCUGUUGUUGGAAGAAAACCUCGUAUCUCCAUUUUUGAUGUUUUUCAGUUUUUGGAGUAAUUUGAAAGUACUCAUGAUCCUAUAC